AUUAAACUUGGUACCGUUCCGAUCUCACAAGAAUCCGCUACAUCUCCACCACUAGGCUAUCAACAGUAGCUCACAAGGUGGACAAACGCAAGAUGGCACCAGCACCAGAACUCAACAUCGGCGUAACCGGCCUCGAAUACUUCACGCCUCAGCACAUCAUCUCCCCAGGCACACCCGCCGACUCUAAACCUGUUCCCAAGCUCUUCCAACCGCUAACAAUCCGCGGCACAACCCUCCGCAACCGCAUCCUCGUGGCGCCCAUGUGCCAGUACUCCACCGCAUCUCACGGCCCCGCAACCGGCGCACUAACCGACUACCACAUCGCAACCUUGGGCCACUAUGCGCUCAAGGGCGCAGGUCUAGUCAUGGUCGAAGCAACAGGCGUGCAACCCAACGGACGCAUAUCGCCCAACUGCCCCGGCCUCUGGAGCGACGCGCAGAUCCCUGCGCUACGCAGAGUCAGCGAUUUCAUCAAGAGCCAGGGAGCGCUGAGUGCGAUCCAACUCGCUCAUGCAGGCAGGAAGGCGAGUACAUGUGCGCCCUGGAUUGCGGGGGCGCAGCGCACGAGUGGCGGGAAGAGAAAGGUUAGCGUGCGCGCGAGUGAGGCUGCGGGGGGUUGGCCGGAGGACGUUGUCGGGCCCAUGGGCGGCGAGGAGUGGACGUGGGAUGAGAAGAAGCUUGAUGAUGAGGCGGGCGGGUAUUGGGCGCCGAGGGCGCUGAGUGAGAAGGAGAUUGAGGAGUUGGUGAGGGACUGGGCCAGUGCGGCGGAGAGGAGUGUUAAGGCGGGUGUGGAUGUUAUUGAGAUUCAUGGCGCGCAUGGGUAUCUGAUCCAUCAGUUUCUGUCGCCGAUUACGAAUCGCAGGACGGAUAGGUAUGGUGGUUCUUUCGAGAACAGGACGAGGUUGUUGCUUGAGAUCAUCCAGGCUAUCCGCGCUGUCAUUCCCGAGUCGAUGCCCUUGUACCUGCGUAUCAGUUCGACGGAGUGGAUGGAGGAGACGGAUCUGGGCCAAAAGUACGGCAGCUGGGAUGUUGAGAGCUCAAUCCGUUUAGCCAAGAUCGUUGCUGGGCUUGGAAUCGACUUGCUCGAUGUGAGCAGUGGUGGCAACCAUCCGCAGCAGAAGCUGAAUCCCUUCGACGCCAAGGAUUACCAGACCCGGAUCGCCUCGCGCAUCAGAGAAGAGGUCAAGAAGGAGGGUGGCAAGCUGUUCAUCGGCGCGGUCGGUUUGAUCACCGAGGCUGAGCAGGCGCGAGACAUUGUCGAAGAGGGCGGUGCUGUUGCUCAGCAGGCUGGAGAUGCCGAGAUCGCAAAAGAAGCUCGCGCGGCAGUCGGCAUGACAGAGCCUAGGAACGGCGACGAGCCUCAAGCGGAUGUCGUCCUGGUGGCUCGACAGUUCAUGCGCGAGCCGGAGUGGGUAUUGAAGGUAGCAUGGCAGCUGGGUGUUGAUGUCGCUUGGCCGAACCAGUUCCUGAGGGUUCGCUUUCCCAAGCUGUAGGUCGACUUUCCAGUGGGCAUCUACGAUAGAGAAGGGUAUAGAUAUAGAGGGCAACUACGAUGAGAAGGGUAUAGAUAUACAGGGCAACAUACAUUAGACAGGGGACAUGACAGCGCUCUAGAGGCGAAGCUUCUCCACAUGUUCAUCGAACCAGAACCUCGAAGUUACUCAUGUCAAAUCACUCAACCUCGACGAUUUUCCACAAAGCCGACAUACACGGUAUACUCUCGUCGAUACUGCUCGAUGGAAGCUCGUUUGACUCUUGAUGGGGCUGUCCCGGAUGCUUACUGAGGUAUGAUUCAAGUUUCGAUAGAAGCCCAUGUGAAGACGGGGCCACGGAUGCAGCUGUCCAAACGCAACGACUGCCAGGCAAUGUACGAGGCCACACGCCGUUCAAGACAACCGUUGGGCUGAUCUCAGCCCAUGUAUGUCGAGUCGAGUAACGUUCUGAGAGGAGGCUUUGCGGAGAAGGUGCAGGAUGACAAACUUUAAAGC